AUUACAUCAGAGUGACAUAAGAUCAUCAUACACACGCAAGCCUGCGUCCCAAGGCUAAUGAUAUAUAUGAUACCCAACUUAAUUGACGAUCCAGCACAAUGUCAAAGCUUAUCCUAGUGGCAGGUGCUACAGGCAAACAAGGUCGAGCUCUCAUCAAGUCUCUUCAACCCAAUUCGGACUCGGAUGACAUACCAUUUCGAGUGCUGGCUCUCACCAGGUCGGCUUCCAGUCCGAGCGCACAGCGCUUGGCCCAGGAAAGACACGUACAAGUGGUGGAGGGAGACAUCGACUCGCCAGAGUCCAUACGGAAAGUCUACGAAGAUGCAAAAGGUUCAGGUGGAAUCUGGGGUGUCUUCUGUGUUCUGGCAUACCCUGGGCUUGGUGCGAACGCAGACGGGGAAGAACGACAGGGAAAGUUCAUGGCGGAUCUAGCGCUCGAAUAUGGGGUGUCAGUAUACAUCUACUCGAGCGCCGAACGUGGUGGCGAACAGAGCGAUGAGACGGAGAAACUGUCGGGUCGUGCCAAAGUGCUUGCAGAGCGGCAUGUCCAGGCCCUCGGUGAGAGAGGUCUCCCAUGGACGAUAUUGCGCCCAGGCUUCUUCCUAGAUAACUACGACGACUUCAUUGGUUCUAUUGCCGUGGCUGUGAUGACUCGUGGACUCAAAGAGGACACCAAAGUUGGGGUGAUUGACGCGAAAGAUAUUGGUCAUGUUGCUGCUGCCGUGUUCAAGAACCCUGAGAAAUACAAACACCAGAUACUCGUGGUUAUUGGGGAUGUGCUUACCAUGUCUGAGCAACAUGCAUCCUACAAACGUGCAACAGGUCGAACUCUUCCCUCCAUUCCUGGAUUUUUAGCUGCUAUCCUUUUAGCGUUGAAUAAAUCAACACAAGAAUUGGUUCAACAUUUUGAAAAAAUCCACACGGCACGGACAACUGGCCAACAUGAGCAUUUUGAAUCACAACUAAAUUUAUGCCAUGAAGCCUAUCCUCAAAUGAAGACUGUCUACAACUGGGCUGUCGAGCAACAGAAAAACCAAGGCCAACCAGAAAAUGCGGCAGAAUGGAACAAGGUAUCGUUGUGGCGGCUCAUACUAGGAAAACUAUAAAACAUCGUUGCGAACACUGUGUCGAGUACUUACACACCUUCAUGCAUCACUACUCGCUUACGAUCGCUUCUAUAUCUUCCCAUGAACUCUUAUUAUUAAAGUAGCGCUUGGAACAAUUGGAAAAUGAUGGACAGCCAACUAGAGCAAUUCGAAUAUUAAAAGUUGUCUGGC